CCACGAUUCGCUCAUUCGUUCAUCGCAUUCACUCAUUCGCUCAUUCCUCCCCCUCCUCCUCCUCGCUCCCUCCCACAGAAGAAAAUCUUCAAUCUUUCAAACACGAUCAUACAACAAACAUCUUUUCUUUUCUUUCGUCUACCAUACCUCCUCUCUUCAUCUCUUCAUCUCUUCAUCUCUUCAUCCCAUUCAGCCUCGUUUCUACUCAUAACACAUAGCUACAUCCGAGCACCAAAUCCAACAAUAACCUUUGCGCGCCGCUGGACUACGCACCCAAUCAAUGUCUUACGUUGGAUAGUUUGAGGGAAAGAAACGAACUCACUCGUACUCAGUCGCUACUCAGUCGCUACUCAAUCACUACUCACUCACUACUCAAUCACUACUCACUCACUACUCACUCAACAUUCAUUCGCAUUUCAAUUUGGCCAUUCGUUUUAUUAUCACGCACGAUAUACUUAAUCGCAUUGGUGCUUCUCUUCUAGUGAUCAAAAGAGAAAUCAAUUCCAACCGCCAACUUCAGACCAUUUCUCAACGACCACCCACCCAUACAAACGGAUGAUCAAACCCGCGCGCUUCAGACUAACACAAGAAGGAAGACAGUCUCACCAAAAAAGAAACUCAAAACAAUCAUUCCUUUUUUUUCCUUUUUCUAUUGUAUUGAUCAAUUCAAAUCAAGUCAUGUCAAUUUGAUCUUCAAUUUACAAAGACCUUGAUAUCACUAAUUGGCUUGGAUCCCUUCGUCGCUUCAUAUCAUAUGGAGAGUGAAUAUCUUGUCGCAAUCUUUUCCAAUUCGUGAAUAGUCACAAAUUAACUAAAACAACAUGAUUCAACAAUAGAAAUAACCACAUUUUCCUUUUUCUAUUGUGUUUCUUGCUUAGCCUUAAGCCGCGGUCGAUCCGAACAACAAUUUAUAUCCACCAUCCUACUGUCCCUAACGUCUUCAACCGUUUAUUCGACCUCGACCAUCCAAGACGAUUCAUUAUCUUACUUCUUUUCACAUCCCUUCUCGAUUGACUUUAUUUCUUAAGAUCAGGUACAUUGACAAUUACACCACAUCUCAAUUGUACAUCACCGUCACUCAUCCCGCAUAAGUCGAUACUUCGCAGGCGGAGAACGACAAGUGCAUUUAUCACUUCACAUUCCUCUUGUCGAGGGAACCCACUCUCUUACGGAAUAUCCAACAAUCCUUCACCAUUACAAUUCCUUCUCUUCUAGCCAGGUGCUUCGACAUUAUAUCAAUUGUCAUCGUGGCAGCGCCAAACGAAUUUAAUUAAACAUAUAACCUUUACUAUUUCCAACAUGGGUUGCGGUUCCAGACGUGUCAAGCCAGAUGAUUUACGCCCAGAGCAGAAAUGGGACUUUAUAGUAAGGUUGCAUUGAGGUUGAAGUCAGGAAAUAACUAAUUUCUCUACAGAGUCUUAACGAUUUUAAAUCGACAUCUUGUUUUACUCCUUUCGCAUAUGCAUAUCUGUGGAUCUCUUUGGGUAUAUCUACCGCUGUCUAUGGUGUGGAUACCUUCACUGCAGUCAAUCUUUUAGCUUUCAAUCGUUGGUCUGGUGAAAUUCAACCUAAAAUCCCUCUCAAUGUCUCAAAAUGGAUCUUCUCUGGAUGUAUCAUUGCCUCUUGGAUAAAUCUGGGAUUCGAACAUUUACGAUCGUGGAGAGUUAUGCGACGAGGGGCCGUUGCGGAAAGCUAUUUGGAUAAUCUUGCGGUUCGACUUGAAAGUGUCAAAAUGGGAAAGAGUGGUCGAGGUUGGAGAAGGUUCUUGGUCUUUGCCGAAUUGACUAAAUCUAAGAAAGGAACGGAAUAUGUUGCUUUAUUUACCUAUUUUGCUUUUCAAUGUAAGUCGCAUGAAAACUCUCGAUUGUUCUCAUUCUAACAAUCAUAGCUUGGAUUCGAGUUGUUGUUUGUCAAGGACCUCGUCAAGUCAUUAAUGCAUUAACUUUAUACUCGGUCUUUCAAGCUAAACUUGAUCCAACCGAAUCUGACGAUGUUGGUCAUGCUCUAUUAACCUUCUUUAAGAAUGUUGGUAUCCUUGCGGAGCAACAACAUCAACAAGCAGUUAUCUUGUCUGGUAUGAUCUUCACACUCGUUGUUUGGAUAUUCUCCGCCUUGAGUCUCAUCCUCGCCAUCCUGUUUUACUUAUUAUUCUUAUGGCAUUACAUUCCAAAUCACGAUGGAGGACUUACGGGGUACUGUGAGCGAAAGAUUAAUGGUCGUUUGACAAAGAUAGUCAGCGCCAAGGUCAAUAAGGCUAUCGAAGAAGAGGAAAGGAAAAGGAAAAAAGCAGUAGAGAAAGCGACAAAGAAAGGGGAGAAAGUUGCUGGACAUCAAGCUACUCUCCCAACACUUUUCGAUUCGAAGGAUGAUGACAAACUUCCGGAUAUGCCCAUGCUUAAUAGAGCAGAUACGAUGGCGACACUACCACAAUAUACGUCUCGACCAGGUACGCCCAGUAGUAAUAUUCCACAAACAGCUAGCUUCGAACUCGAGAAGAUGGAUCAAAAACGACCACGAGCUCAAAGAUCUGUGAAUGGAUCAAGUUAUUCUUCAAAUGCUUCACUCGUGAAUAAUGCGAGCGAUAUGGGGAGAUUACCGGAUUUACCAUCACUCGAUACUGAUAUGCCACUUCCUGGUCCACAAAGAACGAAUACUGCAGGAUCACAAGGCAGUCAAUGGCAACGUGGUCCACCACAGGCUUUUCAAGGUCCACCAAGAAUGGAAUCUGCAAUGGGUGACCGUGGUUUUACAGCAAGUCCAUUUUCUUAUGCUGAUGGAAGAAAUACUCCUGGAUUCCCUGGACCACAAAGACAAAAUACAACGGAUUCUUAUGGAAGACCAAUUCCUCGAUCACAUACACCUAUGGGCCCUGGUCCAGCUCCAUCGAUUGGAAGACGUACACCAUUUGAUCCUGCUAUGCAAAAUCCUCCAAAUCGUAUGAUGUCACCAAUGGAAUAUGGAUCAGGAUAUGGCUCAGAAUAUGGAAGACAAACACCAUUCAAUCCGGUUCUUCAAAUUCAAGGGCGUUCAUCACCCGCUCCAGGAUCAGAAUUUGGAGGACAAAGACCACCGUUUAAUUUUUACAAUGAUCAAGGAAGAUCUUCUCCUGCUCCAAGACCUGAGUUUGGUGGACCAAGGCCACCUUUCAAUUAUAAUGAUCAAGGGAAUUCAUUACCUGGUACUGGAUCCCAGUUCGAUCGCAGAACACCAUUUGAUCCAACUCUACAAAACAAUGGACGUUCAUCUCCUGCUCCGCCAAAUAUGAGUCAAGGAUAUGGUCAAAAUACUAGAAUUCCGCCAUCAAACAACCCAGGUGGAUAUAAUUCAUACAAUCCAAGUUCAAACUUAACUUCAUCAGAGCAGCAAGGACAAAAUGGUUUCGACUUCAAUACGAGUAGAAUUAAUCCUCCUCAAGUUCGAAAUUUUACGGAACCAAUUCCUAGAGCUGCUACUACUGGACCUGGUCAAAUAAGGUCAAAUGGAAACAGAAAUGAAGAAAUGGGAUCUAUUCAGCCACCUAGAAGAGCGGCGACAGAAGUUGGAGGCUUUGGUGUAGGUGGAAGAAGUCAACAAAAUCAAGUUCAUCAAAGACAAGGUUCUGAACCAUCUGAAUUUGGAUUAAAUUCAGCGCCUUGGGGAGGUUAUAGAUGAAAGGGUUUUAAAUGAACAUUUUAAGAAUUCCGAGUGGGCGUAUAAUCUAGGUUGAUUGUAUAUUUGAUGGUGAAAUUCCAAUGGGAGGUAUUUAACAUCGAUGAAUUAUUUUGAUGAUGUUUGAGGCGGUACUUUGUGGUUUACGUUCUGGAAGGAGAUUAAUAUCUAUUUACGUUCUUUAUGAAGAUGAGGAAGGUGAUAUGGAUGAGGAUGAACCGAGAUCUCUAUAACACUUGCUUGUGUGGAUGAUGAGAGAGUCCGCUCAUGGAGGGGAUUGUAUUGUAUUAAAAGAUGAGGUGGUAAACCAGGGGAUGAGGGUGAUAUAUGAUCUCUGGUAGCAUGAUAAAUGAUUGAUCCGAUUGGGUUGGCUCUUGAAUGAAUGGUUUAAUGAUACCUAGGAACGGUGGAUUUAUUGGUUUGAAAGCGAUGAAAAUUAAGAA